AUGGAUCGCUCUCGGCACCGCGCAGGAAAUGGCAAUGAGCAGGCGUCUUCACGAGAGCCUGGUCGUGGUGAAGAUGAGAGACAACGGCAACUGGAGCGCCUCAGCAGGGAGGAGGCCUAUUACCAGUUCAUUAACGAGCUCAAUGAAGAAGACUACAGGUUAAUGAGAGACCGCAACCUGCUUGGCACUCCUGGGGAAAUAACAGCAGAAGAGUUGCAGCAACGCUUGGAGGGGGCUAAGGAGCGUCUGGCAUCGCAGACUGAUCUGGAUAACAGAGAAGGUGAAGAUUCUGAUGUUCUUGGAGAAAACUCAAAUGGUGACUCUUUGCUUGAAUGGCUGAACACGUUUCGUCGCACAGGAAACGCCACUCGCAGUGGACAGAGUGGGAACCAAACCUGGAGAGCUGUGAGUCGAACAAAUCCAAACAGUGGAGAGUUUCGAUUUAGUCUUGAAAUCAACAUAAAUCACGAGCAUAACAGUUUUGAAACUGCUGGUGAGGAGUAUGUGGGUAUAGAUAGUAGCAGAAUGUAUUUAGAAAGAAGACAUCAAAGAGCAGUCAGUCCAGUAACCCCACGAACGAGGAGCAGGACUGCAAGAGAGGCAAACAGUGAGGCUUCAAGCACUGCAAGGACCAGGUCUGUAAGAAGUUCCAUGGCACAAAGCUCUGGAGCAGCUUCUCAUCCGGUCUCAGGGAGGCUCAGGAGUAGAACGAGGGCGUUGACAGGCCUUUCCCAAACAAAUACUACACGUAACAAUUCUGCAGCUCCUGGUGAACACGGAGAAAUGCCAGAAAGAGGUACUUCUACAGGAGCCACAAGAGGUAGAACUAGAACUAAUGUUCGGAGGAGUACAAACCAAAGGCUAGAAAUUUUGCGGCUGAGGUCUACUUUAAGUAGUCGAAGCCGCUCUCCGCUGCGAAGGCAAGGUGAUACUGCUCGUUCCGAGGAACGUGGGCAGAGGCAGGAUAGAACUGCACAGCAGGUCAACAGAAGUAGAAGACAAACAGCUCAGCCUUCUGCACAGCCUGCCGAAGAACAAGCGAGAGGUAGCACUCAGACUCCUCAACUUUCCAGUGUAGCCCCAUCCUUGGGAAUAACUCUGGAAGAGGAGGAAUCUAGUAGGCCAGUAGCUGCUGUUAGAAGGCAUCCAACAAUUACGUUAGAUCUUCAGGUGAGACGAAUUCGUCCUGGAGAAAACAGAGAUCGGGACAGUAUUGCCAGUAGAACUCGUUCUAGAGUAGGAAUGGCAGAAAACACAGUUACCUUUGAAAGUGACAGUGGGGGAUUUCGGCGUACGAUAUCACGAUCAGAACGUGCGGGUAUUCGAACCUAUGUUAGCACUAUACGGAUACCUCUUCGUCGGAUUUCAGAAACCGGGCUUGGUGAACCUUCAUCGGUGGCGCUUCGAUCAAUCCUUAGACAAAUAAUGACAGGCUUUGGAGAGCUGAGUUCUUUAAUGGAAACUGAGUCUAACUCCGAAGUGCAAAGAGGAGGUGGUCAUCACUUACCGGAUGUACGGGCAGAGCAGAAUAACUCCAGUUCAGCAAACAGCAGCAGUGAUCCAAGCGAGGUUUCAUCUAGAAAUGGGCGUGCAGUAGAGGGCAGCAGGGCAACAAAUGGACAGAGGGAUGCCACUCAACGCUAUGGUCGCAGCAGUGAAAACCAAGAUAACAGGCAGUCUCAAGAUGCUAACAACCUAGUGGAAAACGGAACGCUGCCUAUACUUCGACUUGCCCACUUCUUCUUGCUGAACGAAGAUGAUGAUGACGACCGUUUAAGAGGCUUAACCAAAGAGCAGAUUGACAAUCUUUCUACCCGGAACUAUGGGGAUAUUCACACCGAAAACGAAAUAAGUAAAACGUGUAGCGUUUGCAUUAAUGAAUAUGUAACAGGGAAUAAGCUAAGGCAGUUACCCUGUAUGCAUGAGUUUCAUAUUCAUUGUAUUGAUCGCUGGCUUUCUGAAAACUCCACCUGCCCAAUUUGUCGGCAGCCUGUAUUGGGGUCUAAUGCCACAGACGAUGGCUAGAAUUAUUUAUACUCCUCAGUCCUCAAGGAUGUGCCUCUGCUCUAUUUAUGACGAGUCAGAUGGAAUGAAUUGACUUACAUAGGGGUCCAUUUGUGUGGGGAGUUUUGUUAAAUUUCUUUAAAAACAAUAGGAAACUUGUCUAAAUCUACCAAUGUAAAUACUAUUUUUCUGCAAGUGCAGAUCUAGGAGUACACAUAGAACCAAAUGAUAUUGGUAAAGUUUAUAUUUUUUUAGGUAAUUUUGUUAUGCUAAGCACUUUUGUAAAUACAGAAAUGCUAUAGUUAAUCAGUCUUGCUUAAUGUAUGUUUUUUUAAGGGUGUAAUGGACUCACUUUAUUUAGAUUACGAAUUGUUUCACACAGACCCACCACUGUGUUGAAAAAUUAGUGUCUAAAUAGCCAUUCAUUAGCUUUUUGUUCUAAGAACAAUUUCUUUUACAGAGAGUUUCUUGCUGGACAUGUUUGCUAAAGAUAUUUAAGUUACUUGAAGUGCUCAUUUUAAUAGACUAUAUUUUUUUUAACAUUGAAAUAUCCUUUCCAAAAACUUGCCAAUUUGGUUCUAUUUAAAAAAUUUUAUGGCAAUUUUUGCAUGUGGUUUUACACAAUGCUUAACGCUGAUGAGUUCAUAUUCAAAAGCGGAUGGGUUAGUGACAUUAUAAAAUGUACAUAAUUAAAUGCUGUCUUUGACAAUCUCUGUCUUUUCAAUGCAGACAGCAGUCAAACCGAUGAUAAUUGCAAGAGGGCGUGUCUUACUGCACAUGGUAUUUGCUCAAAGAAUACAUGGGCGCUGAGGAAGCCUUUUCACUCUUCCAAGUUACUCAGUUGAUAUUCGUGGGUUUUUAACUGCCUUAGUUUAAAGAGGGAAAUACUUCCUUGACCGUUAUAUUGUCUACAAUAUGCAUGAUUUGUGCAUCCUACUCAGAAAAACAAACAAAGGCUUGAGGUGGUUUUGUACAGAAAU